CCUGUGCAUCGCCCGGACUUUGACCCCAGGGACAAACGUGCAGUGAAGUCUUUCUGCCCAGGGUGGCAUGGAGCCUAAGAAGAGGCGACGCCAACUUGCAGGACACCGCGGUCACGUUUUAAUGGAACGUUCCAACACCUGUGCACUUCUCUGUUUUCUGCACUUCCUGUCCUUGGCAAGCUUCGGGUCUCUGCUGCUCUGAGAUGCAUGUUAUGAAUAGCUUGUCCCUGGUCAGUGACAGAGAGAGUGAUGACGGCGGUGCCAACCUCAUGCCCACUCCUUCCACCGUCAGCUCAGCUGGCACAGAGGGCCCAUCCAGCAGCUCGCCCCCUCCACCACCUCCACCACCUCCCCCGAAGAUCCCGCCGCCUCCGCCACCUCCUCUGGCAGGUGCAGGCAACUCCACUCAUGGCUCACGCAUGAAGAGGCGGGUCCGGAGCUUCUUCUGGAAGCCCAUCCCAGAGGAGAAGGUUCGGGGCAGGGCCAACAUCUGGACACUGUCCAUGAGACAGCAGCAGCACUACCAGAUCGACAUGCGCACCAUCGAGGAGCUGUUUGGCCAACGUGAGGAUGGCCGCGAUGGAGUCAACCAAGCAGGCUGGUCCAGAAGGUCCUUCAGAGAGACUAAGGAGGAGAUUCAUAUUCUUGACUCCAAGAGAAGCAUGAAUGUGGGCAUUUUCCUCAAGCAAUUUAAAAGGUAAGUUCAUCCUUUUGGAAUUGGAAGACUAAUAAGUAUAGGAGCCUGGUCAUCCCUGCUCAUACAGUCUCUCAGUGCAGAUGUAG